UCGUGGCAGCGGCCACAUCAGACGCGCACCUGCACCUGCUGGCCUUCCACGCGCCCUCCCUCUCCUGGCACCGCCUCGCCUCCCUGCACCACCACUCCUGCCCCGUCCUCUCCCUCCACCACCUCCUCCUCCCCUCGCACCCUGCCCCCUCUGCCACCUCCCCCUCGCCUGCUGCCCCCACCGCUGCUCCCUCGUUGCCUGCUCUCCCGCGCUGCCUGAUCACCAGCGGUGCCACGGACGGCGCUGUGGUGCUCUGGGAUGUCACCGCCCCUGUCGCCCACUUCCUGCACGCCACGUGGCGUGCUGCCUCACAUGCCCCCCCAUUCUCCCCCUCAUCAUUAUCCUCAACAACAGCAGCGUCAUCUGUAGCAGCAGGGGGCGGCAUCUCAGGGGCAGUGAGGCCGAAGGCUGUUGCGACAGUUGCGGGCCGGGGAGAUCAGGGAGGGGCAAGUGAUGGGGAGGCGAGAAGCGAGGGGGAGGAAGGUUCAGAAGGCACGGGAGGUGAGGAGCAGCAGCAAGGGCGAGCAGAGGCGCAGGAGUGGGCGGGUGUGGAUGUGGGUCCGCUGUGCGUGGUGAGGGGCGCCCACCAGUCAGGCGUCAACUGCAUUGCCGCUGCUGCCACCACCGUGGCGGGGAGGGACGACUGGCCGGGGCAACAACCGCGAGCGGAUGGGGGGGAUCGGGAAGAUGGGGAGGAUGGGGUGGAUGGGGUGGAAGACGGCGGGGUGAGGGGCGUGGGGGCGGCGCAGGUGGUGGUGGUGAGUGGCGGGGACGACGAGGCGGUGCAUGCUGUGGUGCUGCAGCUGGAAGGCAUGGACGCCGAACAGAGCACGCACGCAGCACGUUCCGAGGGGCUGGGCGCAGAGGAGGGGGAAGAGGGGCGAAGCAUCUGGACGGAUGGGCAGGCGGUGCUGUCAGUGGGGCUGGACCAGCGCCUGCGCUGCUGGUCCCUCUCCCCCAAUCACCACGCGCCACGUGGCAAGGCACGCGGUGCCGAGGCAGCUGCAGGAGGGAGAUGCAGCGAGGAGGGGCAGAGGGGCGAGAGGGGGUGUGCAGGAGAGGAGGGAGGGGAGGGCGAGGAGGGGAGCAGGUUGGAUAUGGGGGAGGUGGCGUGUGGGGCGGGGAAGCCAGGGGCGUCUGUAAAUGAGAUCAGGGAAGGGGGGUUGGGGUUGCGGUUGGAGGGCAGGGGGCGGUGUGUGGUGGAUGUGCCCGAGGCAGAGGGGCUGGCCGUGAUGGGUCAAGGCACGGGCAGGUGA